CAGCAGUUCUUCUACCUCGAUGGUAACAUACAGUACGCGGGGCAGAGGGAGGUGCGCGGAGUGCAGGCCGAUGUCUUCCAGAAACUCAUGAAACAACAUACCUGAUCGUGGAUUAGUUCUCUACGAAAUUUAUUUCAUCAAGAGCACCAAGUACGUGACGGAUGUGGGACCGCAGCGCCCCAACCCCUUCCUGAACGCCUCCCUGCCUGUCAAGAUCCUGAUGUGGGAGAACAAUCAGCUCAUCAACGCCUACAACAUUUACGAUUUCGACCAAGACAACACCAACCCCGGAGCUUUCGAUGUCACCGCCUGCUUCGAGGACAACGAGUCCAUCGACUUCCAGAUCGCACUCACCACGCCGACCGUCAGACCGCUGCCAGGACUGCGGCGAACUGCUGUCCAGCUGCUUGCAUCCUCCAUCACCCAGACCAUUAAAAUCAGUCCCCUGAGGCUGCAGAACCUACAACUCACGUGGACCGGGGGCAUCGCCUUCCUCAAGGGCACCUUACUCGACGCCCCUCCCAUCACAGCUAAGUUCGAGUACAACCCCGGGAAGAUGAUUCAACAGUCAAGCCAAGGCCGCUUCCUCAACAACAUCAUCACCGUCAGUGACUGCGCCACACAGUGCAACAACCUUCAGGGCUGCACGGCCUUUGACUACUGCUCCGCAUCCCAGGUGUGCAGACUCGCCACCUUGCCUCCAAACUCUCCCGCCCUCGCCAUCAUGAACAACAGCAACUGCGACUUCUACCCCCUGGUGACCACCAACAUCCAGCAGUCGGACCUGCAGACCGCAUGGGUGGCCCUCAAGAACCUGGUGUUUGGCACCGGCCUGAAGGUUGAUGUCCCCCUGAGUGGCUCACCGUUCAACAGAAGUCGCUCCCAGCCGACUCGUCCUGAUCAGAAAAUAACACUAACCGCGAGGUGGAUCACGGACCAAGUGGCUCCAGUCAAUGGCAGGACAGCGAUAGACUCCCUCACCAUCCAGCAGUUCACGGCGAGGCCGGGUACACAGGGCAAGGGGUCAGAUGACCGCAUCUCGGGGGUGUCCGUGGAUGACUGCGCUGUUGCAUGCGUCAACGAACUGACCUUCACCUGCCAGUCCUUCUCCUACUGCUACACAACAGGCACGUGCUUCAUGUCCCGACACCACCCGGACGAUGACCCCAGCUUCCUGAGGCGAAGUCCUUCUUGUGACACCUACAGAAGAAACUACACGUCAGAUUACGAGAAAUUUGACGGUCAGACAGUGUUGUCUGCCACUGACGCCAUCUAUCAGAACGUCAUCAGCGACAGCGCAUGCGCAAAGCUGUGCAACAACUACAACGGCUUCCACUGCGAGUCGUUCGACUACUGCUCCAACAUCAGGACCUGCUUCCUGGGGCGGACACACUACUACGACGUCCCCAAGGCCAACAUCAAGCAGGCGCCAGCCUGCGCCCACUACUCCAGAAGCUACAUGGCCGACUUCCUGUCCACUGCGCACAAGGUCGUGCAGCUGCGCGACAACCGCAUCAUCCAGGACGUCACUGCGCAGGAGUGCGCCAAGCUGUGCGUGCAGGAGCCGGGCUUCACGUGCAUGAGCUUCGACUACUGCGGCAACGUCACCGAGUGUCGUCUGAGUGACGCGUCCGUGUCCAGCACCGGGCAGGUGACGCUGCAAGCCAGCGCCUACUGUGACGUCUUCAGUCGUCAGUAUACCGCAGGGGCCCUUCAGUCGGGCGACUCUACAUCUUCCGGCUCAAGCACCAGUGGCAAGUACAGUUCAGGCUCCAUGGCUGGUCUAGGCCAUCACACUCUUGGUUAUCAGCGCCUUGCUGACACUCGCUGCCAUCUACCUCUUCUAUGUCCGACCUAAAAAUGCCAACGACAACCUGAAAGUCUCCUACGAGAAAGAGUCAACAUCCUAAGAUUGUGAAGUCACUUCUGUAAAAGGUUCAAAUGACAGGCCUUUGAACACAAUGAGGAGAGCUUAGGGUCGUGUACAGGCUGUCCAUAGUUCUGUCAUAAAUAUUGGUUACAAUAAGCUAUUCUCCAGUAAGGAUCAUAAGAGGCCAUUAGUUUUUGUCACUUUUUCAUUGUUAUAAAUAGGAGAAUCCAGUUGCGAUACACCAGCAAACCUGUGCUCUCUUCUUAUCACAAACCAUCAAACAUAAGUUCUAUAACUCUGUCUGUCACAAAUGUAAAUCCAUUCUGUGUGAUUAUGUCAUUCCAACAUUUAUCAUCUCUGGAGCAUAAAGUAUCACUCACUGUGUGUGCAAUACCAUGUACAUAUGUAUUUUAUAUUCACAUCUGAUUACUGAUUAUCUUUUCAAUUCAUGAAACUGAUUUGAAACUGUUUUUUAAUGAAAAAUAAAAAUGGUAACAGCUCCUCUCA